ACACAUUUUAUUAAUCACAGCCAAUAUUGUAUAUCAUUGUUGUGUUAAGGGCGAUACAGGAAGAUUGCAUUGUUAUAAAUCCAGUUGUGUUUAAAUUCUUAAAGUUCAUUAAAGGCUUGUGUUUUAUUGUUUUCAAAAUGUCAUUUAAUGCAACAGAUACCGUUAACUAUUCUAAAAAUUUCACAUUUGGAAUGGAAGACUACACAAUCUUAGGUUUAAUGUUGGCUAUAUCAACAGCCAUUGGUAUAUAUUUUGGAUUUUUUUCGGUCAGAAAUAAUACUGCUGAUGAAUAUUUAUUGGGUGGAAAACGUAUGACAAUAUGGCCCAUAGCUAUAUCGUUGAUUGCAAGUCAACUCUCUGGAAUAUCAGUUAUAGCAAUACCAGCAGAAAUGUAUAGUUUUGGUUUCACCUAUGUGUUUAUAAGUUCAUCAAUGAUUUUUGUGGUACCAAUACUGUGCUAUUUUGUAUUACCAGUUUUUUAUGAAAACAAUAUUUCAAAUUGUUAUGAGUAUUUAGAAUUGAGGUUUAAUAAGAAAACACGAAAGAUUGUAACAUUUGCAUAUAUACUGACAACAUUCCUUUAUUUGCCAGUCUAUAUUUUCAUCCCAUCUUUGGCCUUUUCACAGGUUACGGGAAAUAAUGUUCAUAUUGUAAAUGGAAUUGUAUGUUUCGUCUGCGUCAUGUACACAAUGUUGGGUGGAAUCAAAGCAGUGGUUUGGACAGAUGUUAUUCAAGGUGGUAUAAUGGUUGGUUCAAUUAUCCUAAUCGGAGUUAUUGGAACGUUAAAAGCAGGUGGAGUUAGUAAAGUAAUUGAUAAUGCAAUUGAUGGUGGUCGUCUACAAGUCAACAUAGACCUUGAUCCUAGAGUUCGAGCUACGGUGUGGAAUUGCUUUUUUGGAGGAUUUUGCUUAUGGAUUGGCAGUAUUGGACUAAAUCAAACUUGUGUUCAAAGGAUUGUUGCCUUACCAUCAGUUGUAUUUGCUAGAAGGUCCUUAGUUAUAGCUGGAAUUGGAUUUUUCGUCAUCAUGACAUUCAAUUGUCUUACUGGUAUUAUAAUGUACGCGUUGUAUUACAAUUGCGAUCCACUCAAGCUUAAGAUUGUUGAUAAGUCGGACAAAUUGAUGCCAUAUUUCGUUCAAGAUGUUGCUGGGCAUUUAACAGGGAUGCCAGGUGUUUUUAUUUCAUGCGUUUUUAGUGCCGCUUUAAGUACGAUUUCAGCUAAUUUGAAUUCACUUUCUGGAAUCUUUUACUUCGAUUGCGUUAAACCCUUCAUAAAACAUCACACUGAACAGAAAGCCAAUUUUGUAAUGAAGGCUUUUGUAUUCUUUAGUGGAAUCUAUUGCAUUUCGGGAGGAUUUAUUGUUGAACAGUUUAAUUCGAUUCUUCAAACAGUUCUAACCAUUGGAGGUUUGACCCAAGGCAGUAUAGUUGGAGUAUUUUUCUUGGGAUUAUUGGUACCAAAAGCUCAUGGAAAGGCAGCAUUGGUAGGACUUGUAUCAAGUAUGAUGGGUGUAUUGUGCAUUUUUAUAGGCGCUCAGAUACGAAUUAAGGCUGGUGAACUUUCCUACGCUCCACUGCCAACGAGAACUGAUGGUUGUUUAAAUAAUAUUACAUUGAAUACUUCAAUAUUCAAGGAUAAUUUUAGAGAAGAAUCUUUUCCAAAGGACAUCGGAUUUAAUAUGUUUGACAUUUCAUUCUAUUGGUACAAAUUUAUUGGUGUAGUUUUAGUAUGGAUUAUUGCAGUUCCAUUAAGUUAUUUGACUCCCGAGAGGAAAGCAGUUAACGUUAACUUGUUAUCACCUUUCGUUAAGAAUAUUAUGAAACGUAAACAAAGAUCGACGACGGCGGCAUCGUCGUCGUUGACUGAAGAGCAUGAACUGGAAUUACCCAAUGGUUUAAUAAGAUAAAGAAAUUUAAAUUUCAAAAAGUAUUCGUUUGUAAAUUUAUUUUAACUCAGAAUACCUAAUUUAUUUAUUUUUUUCACAAAACAAAACCAAUGACUUAUGUAAAUUGUUUUUGCGUUUAAAAAGAAAAAUGAGU